GCUGCGCUGUGCAGGGAAUUGGCGCAGAGAAACUCAGUGUGAGACUGUGCAACGACUCACUUUUAGAGCCACAUCUGCUGUAUAAUAGUUAUGUGGAUGUGAACAAAUUGAUCUGAGACGGACUUGAUACACUCACAAUUGUUUGGAGUAGCAGAUUGGUCGGAUAACAUGAACAAAUUCUACUCAAUGCAGGCGGUGGAGCCAGAGAACGGGACCAAUUUUAGAGAGACCUUCAAGUUUGUGUCGGAUGUGAAGAGGGAUUUACGGAAGGAUGGUGGAGAGGAGCGAUCAGAGCCCUCCUGCUCCGUCAGUGUCAGCAAGAUCUCCUACACAGUCAGUGAGCGUGUGGGUCCGUGGUGGGACUUGCCUUCCUACAGGAAAAGAUGGACUCGUCAGAUCCUCAAUGAUGUCUCCUUCCACAUUGACAGUGGGCAGAUCAUGGGCAUACUGGGCAAUUCAGGCUCAGGAAAGACCACGUUGUUGGAUGCUGUCUCUGGGAGGAUUGGAAACUGUGGUUCAUUGACCGGUGAGGUCUUCGUUAACGGCAGGAAACUGAAGAGAGAAGAGUAUCAGGACUGCUUCUCCUAUGUGCUGCAGAGCGAUAACCUGUUGAGUUAUCUGACAGUGGAGGAGACCUUGACCUACACAGCUCAGUUGGCCCUGCGGAACCACUCGGUCACAGCUAUCAAGAAGAAGGUGUCGUCGGUAAUGGCCGAGCUGAGUCUGAGUCAUGUGGCUCACAGUGUAAUCGGAGGUCGUGUUUUCCCAGGGAUCUCUGGAGGUGAGAGGAGGAGGGUCUCCAUUGCCAGCCAGCUACUUCAGGAUCCCAGGGUGAUCCUAUUGGAUGAACCGACCACCGGCCUGGACAGCAUGACCGCCAAUCAGAUUGUGGUGCUGCUGGCAGAGCUGGCCAGGAGAAACCGUAUUGUCAUAGUAACCAUCCACCAGCCACGCUCUGAGCUUUUCAGGGUGUUCAGCAGGAUAGCUAUCAUGAGUCGUGGAGAGUUAGUGUUCUGUGGGCAGCCAGAGGAGAUGGUGGACUUCUUCAGCCAAUGUGGAUAUGAGUGUCCAGAGUACUGCAACCCCUUUGACAUCUAUGUUGACUUCACCUCAGUGGACACACGUAACAGUGAGAGGGAGGCAGCCACCUUCAAUCGCAUGCACGAGAUCACUUCAUCCUAUCAGAGGUCUUCCAUUUACCAGAGCAUGCUGGAAAAAGUGGAGCAGAGCCUGCAGUGGGCAGACAAGCCAGCCAUUCCCUUUAAAAGCAAAGAGUCGCCCAGCAGUGCAACCAAACUUGAAGUUCUGCUCAGGCGGACAUCACGUAACCUGUCCCGAGACAGGAUGGGUGUUCUGAUGCGUCUGUCCCAGAACCUGAUCUACGGCCUCUUUGUCGCCUUCUUCGUCAUGCAUUUAGACCUAGAUGUCACCAAGGGUGCCGUGCAGGACCGCAUUGGCAUCAUCUACCAGAGCAUUGGCGCUUCGCCCUACACCGGCAUGCUGAACGCUGUAGCUCUUUUCCCAGCAUUGCGAGCCAUCGGUGAUCAGGAGAGUCAGGAUGGUCUGUACAGUAAAUGGCAAAUGUUCUUGGCCUACAUCUUUCACAUCCUGCCCUUAAGCAUCCUGAGUGUCUUCAUCUUUACCUCCUUCCUUUACUGGACGGUGGGGAUGCAUCCUGACAGUUUGCGCUUUCUGUGCUUCUCUGCUGUGGUCCUGGUACCUCAUAUUAUAGGUGAGUUGCUGACUGUGGUGCUAUUAGGAGUGGUCCAAGACCCUAACAUGGUCAACAGUGGAGUGGCUCUGCUCAAUAUUGCAGGGAUCUGUGUGGGUUCUGGAUUCCUAAGGAGCACACAGCAGAUGCCUGUAGUCUUCCAGUGGCUCAGCUACCUGACCUUUCAGAAGUACAGCUGUGAGCUGCUCAUAGUCACUGAGUUCCACGGACUCGAUUUCACAUGCAACAGUUCCAAACCUUUACCGGGAGCCUGCAUGGUCACACAUGGCAGUCAGAUCAUUGAUUCGGGCUAUCCUGGUGCUCUGUCCCGAUACACACUAGACUUUCUUCUCCUCUACUCCUUCCUCCCUGCCCUCCUGCUGCUGGGCAUGAUCAGCUUCAAGAUCAGAGACAGGCUUGUGCGUCACUAAAACCACAGACACACAUUUGUGGGAGACUCCUUUGUUUAAACAGGAAUCUGUAUUUGCACUUAACCCUCAAGGAAUAUUUCUGUGAAAGCACUUACCUUAAAGUUUCAAAGAAAGAAGUAUUAUAUAGUUAAAUUCAGAAAUGCUUCUGUUAAACAUUUUUUCAAAGAACUAAAUCCCAGUACAGAGUGUGAUGUGUGCAGUAUAGCAGUGCUAAUAUUUGUUGACUUGGAUGCAUGGUUGUCUUAAUAUUCAAAGUACCAUGAAAAACCUGUUGCUGUCACAUUGAUUAGGUUUAGCCACUGAGACCAACCAUACAGUAAAGUCAAAUUAAUUAUUUUUGUAUAACAAUAUAUACAGCACAAAGUGGUACAUGUAACUACAUGUUUAUAAUUUGAUUCAAUAAUGAAUGAUAAUGGACUUCUGUAUCAAUGAGUACCAGAGGAAUAUCCUGGUACUAAAUUGCCACCCACCCAUCAAUUCCAUUCAUUACUUUGUAUUUGUAAUUACUUUCUACUUUGUUUGAACAUUGAGAAUGUAAUCUGUCAUGAAUACCAUCUAAUGUAAUAAUGUUAAAUAAUUUAUUUUUCUUGAAUAAAUGUUCAUCAUAUCUAUACAAAUAGUUUUGUAGAGUGUAAAUAUAAUAGUUUGAGGAAAUGUCUCUAGAGUUAUACAAGUUAUAUUAAGUACCAAACAAGCAGAACACAUUGUAAUGCAAUGAUACAAAAGUGAAGAAAUAAUAAAAA